UGUAGAACUUGGUGACAUUUGGUGACAGAAAAACGGCUUUGAAAAUAAUUUCGGCUGGGAAACGCUGGAUUCCAACGAAGCAGGCGUCUCCGCCGACAGCCCAAGCCGCUCACCAUUUUUGGCUUUGGAACGGCGCUGACUCCAAACCCUCCUUCUCCAACACACUAUCACUUUCGUCUCUACCCAACGACCGAACCGCGCACGGAUUGGCAACAGCUGUCGCAGCCCCUACUGCCUUUGCACACUUACUCUUCGUUAGGUGAUCUCUCCCAUACGGGUCUGCUCGGUACUCUCGUGUCACACCGGAGCCAACAGAGAACGCAAGCAGCAGCGGUGUUUUGAGGGAGACGCUGAACCGCAGUUCAAGCCUCUUGAAUACGCAGCACACAAGCAUGGUGCCAUCCAGGAACAAGCAGCAGAGCACUACCACCGGCUUCGACGGGUUCUCCCAGCGGUCCUCUUGCGAGCGGUCGUCGACGUCAACAUGCGGAGUUGGCGACGUGAUUCUAGAGUUUUGCACUCCCGGUGCUCGAUCCCCGAUACACUUCGUCGACGCAACAACGGCGGCGGCGGCGGCGGCGGCAUCCUGCCGCGGGAGGCCUUGCGGGGGAAACACUACCUACAAUGCAUGCGGCAGCAGCAGAGGUGUGCGGCCACCGACCUUGUUGCGACAGCAGUCGGCGCCGGCAUCGUCGACGGCACGACCAUCGGCCAACGCCAGCGUCUACACGGGCAAGCACCACCGCAGAACGUCGACGCCGCCGCUGGACGGCGCGCGUCUGACGCUUCUGGGGGUGUCCAACGCGCUCAACACUCCCGUCCUGGACAACUGGGAGGUGGCCCGGGCGUUGCUGGAGUCCAACACCGACCUCCGGACAAGAAACGACCGCGGGAUGACCCCUCUGCACUUAGCAUGUUCAACUGGAGAGGUGGACGCGGCGAAGGUGCUGCUUCUUGCCGGCGCGGACUCCCACGCGAGAGACCACAGGUCUCGGUGCCCGCUGCACAUGGCGGCCUUGUCGGGAAAGUCGGAACUGGUGUCUUCCCUGCUCACGUGCGGUGCGGACCCCAACAAGGCGUCCGACCUCGGCACGACGGCACUCCACAACGCGGCGUUGCUGGGACGGGUGGAAGCGUCUCGGGCGCUGCUGGUGGCGGGUGCGGACCCGAAUGCGAUCGACCACAACUCCUUCUCGCCGCUCUACCUGGCGUCGCAGAACGGACACACACAGCUGGUGCUCGACCUGCUCGCCGCCGGCGCAGACACGAGUGUCAAGACCGUCAGGGGCUUUACACCCUUGCACGUGGCGGCAAGGUGCGGGCGCUUGACUGCCCUGAGGGCCCUCCUGGACGCCGGCGAGGCCGUGGACUCCCCGUCCACCCCCGCGGGCACCACCCCCCUCCACCUCGCGGCCGGGUUUUCGCGGCUGAGCUGCGUGGAGGAGCUCCUCCUGCGCGGCGCCGACCCUUCCAGGAAGAACAAGCGCGGCGCCACGCCGCUGGACAUGGUGGGCACCCUCGUCACUCCCGUCAGCGCUCGCCCCGCCCUCGCCACCCAGGGCGGGCCCGAGACGAUGAGCGGCAAGGCCAAGCUCGCUCGGGAGGCGUUCGAGAAGAACCUAGCGGAAGGGGAGCGGGUGAGGCUCGCCCUGACGAGCGCGCAGAGGUGGCAGAGGAAAUGGGGCAUGGUGCUGGUGUGCGAGACUCUCCGUAGGAGGUCGAACGCUGUCCUCGCGCCAGCUGAUGGCGCAUCCGACGGGGGUGCAGUGGCAGGGAGGGAGCGGCUCGAACGCGACGAUGACGACAGCAAGCGCCGCUGUAGGCGUUCCCGAGCUGGCGAGCCGGUCGCAACGGCCGUCCCUGUCCACGGUUGGCUGGUCGCGCAGCUCUGUGUGCAUGCCGACCCCGCGUUGAUGAAGGGCGUCAUUGAAUUUUUGUGAGGCCGCGCGUGCCGCGCAGGGACAGCAGCAGUCGUUUCGCAGGAUUCGUAUGAGGACCGCAGGACCAUUGUAGAUCAUCGGCGAUAAAUGGUGGAGCUGUCUCGGGACGCGAAUUUUCUGUGUGUUAGAUAGUUCGUCCCACCUCAUAAUUUGUUUUAAUGUUUGGUCGGCUCCAAAGAGCCAAAAGUUUAUGUUCGCAGUAAUCACACAAUGCUUGCCGUACUAAUACCGCCGUUGGGCCGUGGAGUUUCCCUCUCCGACCCCUCCUUAAUUUUGUCAAUUGAAGUGGAGGUACAAUAGUUCUGCUCAUUCCUCAUUUUUAUUCUGGUAUUCGUCCGGAGUUAUCAUCCGAAUGAGGGGAUGCCAUGUACGAUAUCUUACUCUUUGGUAGGCAUGAGUUUUUGAAUCGUUGGUGCUGCCGUCUUCCCGGGGGUGUGUCGUCAUUCCAGUUUCCUCAAGAAGGAGGCUGUCCGCGGGGACACUAGAAACUCGGACCCAAAACGCUUGAGGCUCCACAAGCUCAGUUAAGGAGCAGCAAGUGUUGCAGGACGAUGGUUGAGCCCCGGAGCCUCCAAGGGGGCACACGCUGCUAGUCGACGGUCGCGCGGGAGGCACUGAACGCUGUAGCGCGUUCCUUCUUCAGCCCUCGCGCUCUUGCUCUCAAAACCAAGUGGUGUGUCAUGUCAAGCUUGACCUGGUGUUUUUUUUGCCGAUAUUGCGAGCCUUUGAAGUGUUCAUGUAGUUUGUCAAGUUACUGCUGUAGAGCGGUGUAUUGUAUUUAUGCCUGUCGUGCAUGUUGGUCAGGUGGAUGGACACGACGCACUAGGUAUAUAUACCAGGUUGUUGGAUAUACGCGGCCGUCAUAUCAUUGAAAAAAUAUAGGUUCGAGUUGAUUUAGAGGUCGGCUGCGGAGGUUGACCCGUGUACAAAGGCAACGCUUGAAGCUCAUCAAGGACGCCGAAUUCUCGAGUUAGUACUUGGGACUUCGCGUAGAUAGUACUGAUGUUGGACGAACGGAGCUGGAAGUGGCCUACUUCUUCACGUGUGGUAGAAUAGUCACGGGUGGCUGGUGGAUUAAGCAAACUAGAGGUUUCGCUGGAGGAUCAUAAAAGGACCAUUAUACAGUUCCAUUGCAAGAGCGCAAUACAUGAUGCGUGGUGCAUUGAUUCUGGGUGCACUGGGGUUCUA